AUGAAUCCACAAGAAGAAGACAAAAUGGGGAAAGGAGUAGUAUCAGAGAAGAUGAAGCUUGUGGUGGCAUUGAUCACACUUCAGUUCUGUUUUGCAGGUUUCCACAUUGUCUCAAGAGUUGCUCUUAACAUUGGUGUCAGCAAAGUUGUGUACCCUGUUUAUAGGAAUCUUCUUGCCCUUAUCCUCAUAGGUCCCUUCGCUUACUUCCUCGAAAAAAAGGAAAGACCUCCACUCACAAUAUCUUUACUGGUUCAGUUCUUCCUCUUGGCACUAAUUGGAAUCACAGCGAACCAAGGAUUUUACCUAUUGGGACUGUACUAUGCAACUCCAACGUUUGCUUCCGCAAUGCAGAACUCUGUUCCUGCCAUCACUUUCAUCAUGGCUUGUGCCCUAAGGUUAGAGCACAUUGACCUGGUCAGGAAACACGGUGUGGCCAAAGUAUUGGGAACCCUAGUGAGCAUCGGUGGAGCCACAGUGAUCACAUUGUACAGAGGAUUUCCGAUCUUCCAGAAGAGCCUCAACAUGCACGAGGAGGAGGAGAUCGAAUCUAACAAUUCGCAGAACAGGACACUCGGAUGGUUAUACCUUAUGGGACAUUGUCUGUCAUGGGCUGGUUGGAUGGUUCUUCAAGCUCCUGUCCUAAAGAAGUACCCAGCAAAGCUCACUCUAACAUCGUUCACAUGUUUCUUCGGUCUAGUUCAGUUUCUAGUCAUUGCUCUGUUUGUGGAAACUGAUCUCAAUAACUGGAUCAUCGUCUCUUGGGAAGAGCUCUUCACCAUCCUAUACGCGGGAAUAAUAGCGUCAGGAUUGGUGGUUUAUCUUCAGACAUGGUGUAUCUACAAAGGCGGUCCUGUCUUUGUCGCAGUCUUCCAGCCUCUCCAGACACUUCUAGUUGCUGCAAUGGCGUUUCUUGUUCUCGGUGAUCAGUUGUACUCUGGAAGGAUUGUUGGAGCUGUGUUCAUAAUGCUGGGGCUCUACUUAGUUCUUUGGGGCAAAAACGAAGAAAGAAAACAGGUGCUUGAAGAGACGAGUCAACAAGAUCCAGAGUCUCUGACCAAACAUCUACUUGAAGCACAACACAGGAAGGGUAAUUCUGAAUCUGCAGUGUAA